CCGGGGGAGGGCUCGGCGCGCUCCAGGAGGCGGUGGCCCGAACCCGGGAGUGGUAAGACUCCGCACCGAGCGUGGCCAGAUCCCCCCACCCACCGAGGGGCCCUGAGAGGACACGGCAGAGUCAUAGUGGCAGCUUGGAGACUUGGACACGGGUCCUUGAAGUGAUCUGGAGACCCCAGCACCACAUCUGCCACCAUUCCGUGCUGCGGGGACACCAUGGCUCCAGAAGAGGAUGCUGGAGGGGAGGUCUUAGGAGGCAGUUUCUGGGAGGCUGGUAACUACAGACGGACGGUGCAGCGGGUUGAGGACGGGCACAGGCUGUGUGGGGACCUGGUCAGCUGCUUCCAAGAACGUGCCCGCAUCGAGAAAGCCUAUGCCCAGCAGCUGGCCGACUGGGCCCGCAAGUGGAGGGGCGCUGUCGAGAAGGGCCCACAGUACGGCACUCUGGAGAAGGCCUGGCAUGCCUUCUUCACCGCGGCUGAGCGGCUGAGCGAGCUGCACUUGGAGGUGAGGGAGAAGCUGCACGGGCCAGACAGCGAGCGUGUGCGGACCUGGCAGCGAGGGGCUUUUCACCGGCCGGUGCUGGGCGGCUUCCGGGAAAGCCGGGCUGCAGAGGAUGGUUUCCGUAAGGCCCAGAAGCCCUGGCUAAAGAGGCUGAAGGAGGUUGAGGCUUCCAAAAAGAGCUACCACACAGCACGCAAGGACGAGAAGACAGCCCAGACCCGGGAGAGCCACGCGAAGGCAGACAGUUCCAUGUCCCAGGAGCAGCUUCGAAAAUUGCAGGAGCGGGUGGGACGCUGCAGCAAGGAGGCAGAGAAGAUGAAAACCCAGUAUGAGCAGACCCUGGCAGAGCUAAACCGCUAUACCCCACGCUACAUGGAGGACAUGGAGCAGGCCUUUGAGAGUUGCCAGACUGCUGAGCGCCAGAGGCUUCUCUUCUUCAAGGAUAUGUUGCUCACCUUGCAUCAACACCUUGACCUCUCCAGCAGUGACAAGUUCCAUGAACUCCAUCGAGACCUGCAGCAGGGCAUUGAGGCUGCUAGUGAUGAAGAAGAUCUGCGCUGGUGGCGUAGCACACAUGGGCCUGGCAUGGCCAUGAACUGGCCCCAGUUUGAGGAGUGGUCCUUAGACACACAGAGAGCAAUCAGCCGGAAGGAGAAGGGUGGCCGGAGUCCUGAUGAGGUGACUCUGACCAGCAUUGUACCUACAAGAGAUGGCACCGCACCUCCACCCCAGUCCCCAGCAUGCCCAGCAUCUCCAGGCAGUGGGCAGGAUGAGGACUGGUCAGAUGAGGAGAGUCCCCGGAAGGCUGCCACUGGGGUGAGGGUGCGGGCGCUUUAUGACUAUGCUGGCCAGGAAGCUGACGAGCUGAGCUUCCGAGCAGGGGAAGAGCUGCUGAAGAUGAGUGAAGAGGAUGAACAGGGCUGGUGCCAGGGCCAGUUGCAGAGUGGCCGCAUUGGUCUCUACCCCGCCAAUUAUGUAGAGUGUGUGGGCGCCUGAGUGCCCUGACUGCCCUAUUGCAACGUCUCUCUAAGCUCGGCCAAGGCUCAACCCUUCCUGGACUGCUGGACCUGAGGGCCCUGAACGUGCUGCUGCUGUCCCUCUGUUUCCGGAGGAGGGAAGAUGUCUUAGGGCCCAUGAAGGGGUCUGUGUCUAGAAAGAGGCCAACAGAGUUUAGGUUGAGGGCAGGAAGGGAGGUUGGGGUGACACAGGUGCCUGGGCCUCCCGGGGAGCAUUUGGGUCAUCCCAGGAGUAGGAAUCCAGUCCCUAAACUGUCUGGGAGUUCCUGGGAUGAGGUUGGGGAGAAUGUAGUUUGGGGCUAGCAGCACCCUCUUUUGUGACUUGUAGUGUGUAUUAAACUUGAUCAAGAAUAAAAAAAACCCAUCAAGUG